AUGAACCGAUCUUGCAACAAUUAUCGAUUCUAUCCUGUUGUAAAUAAAUUUGCAUUGAUUUUGAAUAUAUUAGCUGGACACAACGCAUAUGAGUUUAUCAGAAUUAAUCUACCAGGAUCAUUACCUUCUGCUACCACGUUGAAAACUUUUAAUCAAACGAUAAACGUACAGAUUAAUGAAUGUAAAUUUCGGUUUGAUUCUCUUAAAGAGUAUUUGAAUAAAACUGAUUCCAAUUACGUAUUUUUGUCUGAAGAUUCCACUAGUGUUAUCAGUUGUGUAUCUUACGAUGCCACAACUGACUGCUUAAUUGGAUUUUCUCCUUCAUUGUUAAAUGGAAUACCAUCCAUCAAUCAAUUCAAAACGGAUAGUCUAUGCGAAUUAGAAAAUUGGUUUGAAGAUCUAGACAAAUCUAAGCUAAUCAACGCACACGUUGUCGAACCAUUGCCAAAUAAUUUUUCAUCUACGGUUCAUUCGCGACCUUAUAUAUUAUCUGCUUACGGAACGAACAAUAAAUAUACUGGUAUGGAUGUUUUCGGUAUUGAUUUUGGUAGAAGCAGUGUUCAAAUCAUUCCAAAUGUUAAUCAGAAAGAAAAUGACCAUUGUUUUAUAACGAAGGCUGCUUCGUUAUCGUCCGAGAUCAGCAUUCAUACUUUAACAUCGAUUAUUGUAUUAGUAUCUGAAGGGCGUCUACCACCGUAUGCACUUCAUAUUCAUCUUUUCAGUAGCCAACCUUGUGAAGCUACCUUCCGUAGUGCACGCGCUUUAACUGGCACACUUUCGACGAUUACAAAUUUCUCAGUGUUACAAUUCAUGAAAGAAGCUUGUGGUGAUGAGUAUUCAUUGAAAUUUCCCGUUCAUCAUAAAAUUCGACUUGGUGAAAUUACUAAGUAUGUGCAUAAUUCGAAUACACCAAUCUUGAAAACAGACGACAUACAAAAAAUAGUCAUGAAAGCUGAUCUUCGAGCUGAAUCACUGAUGAAUGCUUUGGAAAUAUCUUACAUUCUCGAGUAA